AUGAGCCGUAGCAUCACAUGUACUCAGUCUGUCCUUUUUAAUAUCUAUGCGAGUUGUUGUCAUAUUUCUCCGAUAAAAUCGCUAAUAAUCGCCAGCCUUUUACAACGUAACGUGCAGCCUAUUUUAUUGCUUUUGAAUGUAAUCAAUGUAUUGAAUUGGGACAUGGUUUGUCGAAGAUUCAUUGAAAGUGAUUCUUCCCGAUAUUUUAUCUUGUGCUGA